AAAGUAGUUUCUCUCAGUCAAGUUCAAUAACACAGCAUAACAGUACCGGGUAGCGAGCAGUCGUGUUGAUAACCGUUUGAAAGCAUAUGCAAAAUUUGCAUUCAUUUUUCAAAAGGCGCUAAGAAUUUGCAUCGCGGAGUCCUUUAUGGAGCAAUAAUGAAGUAUAUCAUUAUAUUUGUGAUAAUAUCGUGUAUUACGCCGAUUGUGGUACCGGCUAAAUACGUUUUGCCGAAAUGGAAGAAACAGCCUUCCACGGUGGCUCUAUACGAGAAGAGUGUUCAGGCCUGCGAGCUGCCAGCCGUGCAGAGCGAGCACAGUCACUACGUGUGUGAUGAUAAGGGGGAGCCGAAGUGCCUGCCUGGGUGGCAAGGGGAUCUGUGUGAUGUGCCCAUUUGUAGGAAGGGCUGCGAUCCGUUGCAAGGAUACUGCAAGCGGCCGGGAGAGUGUCGCUGCAAGCUAGGUUUCUAUGGAGAGAGGUGCAACAAAUGCAUACCGUUACCUGGCUGUCAGCAUGGGUACUGUAAUGUGUCCUUUGAGUGCAUAUGCAGAGAAGGAUGGGAUGGAAUCUUCUGCUCUGAACCAAUGUGCCGCUCCGACUGCCACGCCACGCGCGGGUUCUGUGAGUCCCCCGGCGAGUGCCGCUGUCGUCUUGGCUGGGCGGGCCCCACGUGCCGCGCCUGCCAGCCGUUGCCGGGCUGCCAGCAUGGAUACUGUGACAAGCCGCUAGAGUGUAAAUGCCUGCCAGGGUAUACUGGCUUGUUGUGUCAGACGCCAAUCUGCGCACCCGGCUGCCACGGGGAGCGCGGCUACUGCCGGCGGCCAGGCGAGUGCCGCUGCAAGGUCGGGUGGACGGGCGCCAACUGCGCGCAGUGCCACCGCUACCCGGGCUGCGUGCACGGCACCUGCAACCGCCCCUGGGAGUGCAUCUGCAAGAAGGGCUGGGGCGGCAUGCUGUGCGAUGAAGAACUAAAUUACUGCGAAAACAACCCUGACACAUGUCAAAACGGCGGGAAAUGCCAGUCCCUAGAGUCCGGUGACGGCUUCUUCAGGUGUCAAUGCCCUCCCGGAGUGAGCGGGAAACAUUGCGAGAACGUUCCAGAAAGUAGCACUACUAGUAACGUCACAGAUACUACUACAGAAGCUGCCACAGAUAAUGAAACGACUACAAAAGAAGACGAAGGCAGUGAUGAUAAUGAGACUGAAUAAGCUGUGACAAUUCAGUUUUGUAUGUUGUUAGUGAUCAAUGUUAACUUAUUUUUCUUUAAGAAUCUGUUGGAAUACAUAACUUUAUGUCGCGGAAAUUUUUUAAAUUUAACUUUGCAUCUGUAAAAAUAUUUUAAUGUAUUUAAUGCUGUUUAAUAGUGCCAUUGCAUUGGUGACUAGUUUAAAUUAUUGAUUCAUCAAAGUGCAUUUAAAAAUGAAGUUUAUCUUUGCUUUGAAAUAUAUUUCACGAAUACCUACUGAUUGUGUGUAUGUAGAGAAUUGUGUACGACAUUUUGUAAUAAUAAUUUAAUAAAUUUUGACUGACAAAUUAUUACUCACUGUAGUUUUAAGUAUUUAUUUGUAAAUUAUAAGAUUUUUAUAAUAAACUAUUUGAAAUA